UCGUAAUCUGGCACUCUCGAUAUAAAGACUGGCGUGAAACUGAUGAGGACAGAUGCGAAGAGCACAUGAACGACGCGGAUUUGGACGACGUUCUGAAGCGCCUCUCGAGCUGCACCAGCUUGAUCAGUCUCCAUAUCAAAUUCAUAUUUCCUCAUAUGAGCUUGAACGGUUUUUGGGACCAGUACGGUCCCAUUGUCAGUAUAUCCGGGUUUGCCUUGGUAGCUUUCGCCCAGAGUCACCGGAAACUUAAGGAAUUGUCUCUAGGCAGCCAGAAUGAUAUUGCAUGCGAUAGAGUAUGCGACUACCACAUGGAGGAAUUCGCAGCAUGCCUACAAAACCUGACAUACUUGGGUUUAUACUUUAAAAACAGAUACCCAGGAGGUAGAGGUGACGGUGCAGGUAUUACGGAAAGAUCCUUGGAAAGUAUUGGGAGACACUGCAGAGGGCUCGAAAGAGUCGGGAUCAAGUGUUCCACAAGAGCCUCGCAAAUGAGCUUAUUACAACCUUGUCUAUUCCCGAAACUACAACGUCUUAUGCUUGGGGAGCAAAUAGACCGGUUGCCCAGGAUGAAAAGCAUCCGUGAUUUACAAGGGGUGCUGGAAAAGCAUUGUCCAAGGCUUCGAAUGCUAGGGUCCUGGAUUACGGUUGGACGUAGUCACAAGCAAUGCAGGGGACUCAAGCCAUAUCAUCCUAACAAACCAGUACAACUAUUGGAAUUCCUCCAGCAACGGGCGCGUAAGGUUCGCCAGAAACCUAAGCGACGCGGCAUGAGCAUGGAUAUGAAUGUCGAUCAGGAUGACCACAAAUCAACCAAGGAACACUCUUCCGUCCAAGUACUAGUGCCUUUCGCCGGCAACGAGGCCGACAACCGAAACAGCAGUGGCUGGCGUUCUGCUUGCGAAGCCUGGGGGCUCCGUCAGCCUCUUCCAGAUACGUGUGAAAUCUAUGAAGGAGAGGACGAAGAGGACGAUAAUAGUAGCGAGGCUAAUGAGAACGAAAGCGAGGCCGACCACAACGAUGGUGAAAACGAUGACAGUAAUAGUGAUACCGGCGAGGACAACUACUACACUGCUUGGCCUCUACGUGAGCACGAUAUUCCUCCCCCGACUACAAUAAAUGCUGGAAUUGCGAUUACUCUGGAGAAGGACUAGGGUGAGAUCCCGAUUACUGGUGGAUCGAUUGGCGUGACUUUUCCCCGGGGCGUUGGACAAAUUGGCAUCUUGAGAGCUAGGACUUCUGGCUCGGACUCUUCUUCUUUUGACAGAUUACCUAUCUUCCCGACCCUCCGCCCUGAUAGCAUGUUGAGCUCCGGCUA